AGCCCUCUACAGGGACGUCAUGCAGGAGAAUUACGAGAUGGUGACCUCGCUGGGAUUCCUCCUUCCCAAACCUGAACUGAUCUCCCGCCUGGAACGAGGGGAAGAGCCAUGGGUCCCAGAUCUCCAGGUCUGCAAGGAAAGAGAGAGCCCGAGAGGUGACCACACAGGUACUGAUCGAGUGAGUGAAAAAAAGGAGGAGAAUCAUCAUGAGGAAGUUCCUGGGGAAGUGGAACUACAGGGGACCUUUGUAGGAAGAGCUGAAGGGAAUUUUUCCCAGUGCUGGGAACAGGGAGAAGCCUGGGGAAAUUGGCACACGUCAGAGAGGCUGCAGGGAAACCACCGAAGGAAGACAGUGGAUGAAUCUAUUAAAUGUGGGGGAGGAGACAAGGAUCCCACAACCCAGCAGACAAAUUCCAAGGAAGACAAACACUAUGAAUGCCUCGGUUAUGGAGAAGGAUUCAUUCUGAGAUCGCUGCUUGUUACACAUCAGACAAUCCAUACUGGAGAGAAACCCCUUCAAUGCUCGGACUGUGGGGAAAGCUUCAAUAAUCACUCAGCCCUGAAUAACCAUGGGAGAAGCCACAGAAGAGAGAAAACCUAUCAAUGCCUUGAGUGUGCGAAAUGUUUCAUUUGGAAGUCAGAACUAAUUAGACAUCAGCUAAGCCACACAGGAGAGAGACCCCAUAAAUGCUUCGACUGUGGGAGACGUUUCAAACAGAGGUCAGACCUUGUUAAUCAUCAGGCAAUCCACACAGGAGAGAGACCCCAUAAGUGCUUAGACUGUGGGAAAAGUUUCAUACGGCGGUCAAUCCUUGUUAAUCAUCAGAGAAUCCACACAGGGGAGAGACCCCACAAGUGCGUGGACUGUGGGAAAAGUUUCACAUGGAGGUCAGACCUUAUUAAACAUGAGAGAAUCCACACAGGAGAGAGACCUCACAAGUGCUUCCACUGUGGGAAAACUUUCAGUCGGAAGUCAACUCUUUUAAAACAUCACGCAUUACACACAGGAGAGAGACCUCAUAAGUGCGUGGACUGUGGGAAAAGUUUCAUACAGAGGUCAGAUCUUGUUAAACAUCAGCACAUCCACACAGGAGAGAGACCCCAUAAUUGUUUAGAUUGUGGGAAAAGUUUCCUGCGGAGGUCAGACCUUGUUAAACAUCAGGCAAUCCACACAGGAGACAGACCCCAUAAGUGUGUGGACUGUGGAAAAAGUUUCAUACAGAGGUCAGACCUUCUUAAACAUCAGAGAAUCCACACAGGAGAGAGAUCCCACCAGUGUUUAGUUUGUGGAAAAGGUUUCAUAUGGGGGUCACACCUCGUUAAACAUCAGAGAAUCCACACAGGAGAGAGACCUCACACGUGCUUAGACUGUGGGAAAUGUUUCAUACAGAGGUCAAACCUUGUUAGACAUCAGUCAAUCCACACAGGAGAGAGACCCCACAAGUACUUGGACUGUGGGGAAAUUUCACGCAGAGAUCACACCUUAUUAAACAUGAGAGAAUCAACACAGGAUCUAAACUUCUCUGACACAGAAUCAGAAGGUGUUAAGGAAAUUGCAUGUAAUUGACCUAGAUUCAAACUUUACAGACGUUAGAAAAGUGUGUCCUUGUUAGAUAAACUAGAGCUUCGAGAGGUAAACGUGUAUUGUUAAAGACAGGGAAGAAGAUGGUAACUGUAGUAGUCUUUGUUUAGCUAUAUCUUGUUAACCUCUAACAAUGGAAAUAAAUGGUUCCUGUCUAGGGCUGUAUUCUGUGAAUUCAGAGAUCAAAAGGGAAUAUUAACAUUUAGAUAAAACCUGGUUGUAAUAAUGUCAUUGUUUGUCUCCUGAAAGUUUGUGGUAAACUGUCUAUGAUCUGCUUUAUGGAGAAUCUCCUCAUGUUAAUCCAUGUAAUUAAUUACCAGUGAUGUUUAGGAAAUAGAAGGUUACUUCAAAAUCCUGUUGUUCAGCCAAGGACUGUGAGCUGUCGAGACACUGCAAAAAUGAUCCAUUCUUCUCUGAUCUGCCGAAGAGUUAUUCGUGGGGGAGGGGGCGUGUGAGUCGGAAGAUGGAGAUCUACAGUCCCAUCUGGACCACCCUGACAUUGAAAUUUGGACAUUGGACUAGAACGUGAUGAAAUGAUUCUGUAAAGGACUCUGCAAUUCUCUACAGUGAAAGUGACCUAAGGGUUCUGUGCAUGUCUGUAUGUAUAAUGAUAGUUUAACCAACACACUCUCUCUUUUCUUCUUUUAAUAAAUCUUAGUUGAGUUAAUAAGAA